CGGCGGGAUGGCGGACGGCGGGGCGGUGCGGCGGCGCGGCGGCCCGCGGCGCUCGGCGGCGGCCACGGCGCUGCCCGGCUGGCGGCUGAGCUGCGAGGGCGGCCGGCAGACCUGGAGCUACCUGGGCCCCGACGGCGGCGAGGCGGCGGCGGGGCGGCGGGCGCAGACGGCGCUGGAGGCGCACUGCCUCGGGCUGGACACGGACGAGCUGCUGCGGCCCUUGCCGGCGGCUCACACGGCGCGGGAGGCAGCCCGCAACGGCAUGCGGUUCUACGCCGGCCUGCAGGCUGAGGACGGGCACUGGGCCGGCGAUUACGGCGGGCCGCUCUUCCUGCUCCCAGGGCUCCUCAUCACUUGCCACACUGCUAAGAUCCAGCUGCCGGAGGGGUUUCGGGAGGAGAUGGUGCGCUACCUGCGCUCUGUGCAGCUCCCGGAUGGCGGCUGGGGCUUGCACGUGGAAGACAAAUCGACAGUGUUUGGCACAGCGCUCAACUACACAGCCCUGAGGAUCCUGGGGGUUGGGCCAGACGACCCUGAUGUUGUGCGGGCCCGUGUCAACCUGCACAGCAAAGGAGGUGCUGUGGGAAUCCCUUCGUGGGGGAAGUUUUGGCUGGCUGUCUUGAACGUUUACAGCUGGGAGGGAAUGAACACGCUCUUCCCAGAGAUGUGGCUGCUCCCUACGUGGUUCCCAGCCCACCCGUCCCGGCUCUGGUGUCACUGCCGCCAGAUUUACCUCCCCAUGAGCUACUGUUACGCCAAGCGUCUGUCAGCAGAAGAGGAUGAGCUCAUACAGAGCUUGCGGCAGGAGCUGUACGUGCAGGACUACGCCACCAUAGACUGGCCAGCCCAGAGGAACAACGUGGCUGCCUGUGAUGUGUACACCCCGCACAGCUGGCUUCUGGGGGUGGCUUAUGCCAUCAUGAAUGUGUACGAAGCCCACCACAGCACGUCUCUGCGGGAGCGAGCCGUGGCAGAGCUGUACGAUCACAUCAAAGCUGAUGACAGAUUCACUAAGUGCAUCAGCAUUGGCCCGAUUUCCAAGACCAUCAAUAUGCUGGUUCGCUGGUUUGUGGAUGGGGAGAACUCCCCGGCUUUCCAAGAGCAUGUCUCCAGGAUCCCGGACUAUCUCUGGCUCGGCCUCGAUGGCAUGAAGAUGCAGGGGACAAAUGGAUCCCAGCUCUGGGAUACUGCCUUUGCCGUUCAAGCCUUUCUGGAGGCAGAAGCCCAGAAGGUCCCAGAAUUCACGUCCUGCCUCCAAAACGCCCAUGAGUUCCUCAGGUUCAGCCAGAUCCCGGAGAACCCAGCCGACUACCAGAAAUAUUAUCGCCAUAUGAACAAGGGUGGCUUCCCCUUCAGCACCCGGGACUGCGGCUGGAUCGUGGCUGACUGCACGGCAGAGGGGCUGAAGUCGGUGAUGCUGCUGCAGGAGAAGUGCCCCUUCCUAACCAAGCCCGUCCCCUCUGAGCGCCUCUUUGACGCCGUGAAUGUGUUGCUGAGCAUGAGAAACUCCGAUGGAGGCUUUGGCACCUAUGAAACCAAGCGAGGAGGUCGCUUACUGGAGCUGCUGAACCCCUCGGAGGUGUUUGGUGACAUCAUGAUCGACUACACCUACGUGGAGUGCACGUCGGCCGUCAUGCAGGCGCUCAGACACUUCCACGAGGUCUUCCCUGAGCACAGGGCCCCAGAGAUGAGAGAGACUCUGCAGAAGGGCCUGGACUUCUGUCGGAGGACGCAGCGAGCCGACGGGUCGUGGGAAGGGAGCUGGGGGGUUUGUUUCACCUACGGCACCUGGUUUGGCCUGGAGGCAUUUGCCUGUAUGCAGCACACAUACCGCGAUGGGGCUGCGUGCAGAGAAGUGGCCCGGGCCUGCCAGUUCCUGCUCUCCAAGCAGAUGGCAGAUGGUGGCUGGGGAGAAGACUUUGAGUCGUGCGAGCAGCGCGUGUACGUGCAGAGUGCCGCGUCGCAGAUCCACAAUACGUGCUGGGCCCUGCUGGGACUCAUGGCUGUCAGGUACCCUGAUAUUAGUGUGCUGGAAAGGGGCAUCAAAGUGUUGCUCGAUAAACAGCUGCCCAACGGGGACUGGCCUCAGGAGAACAUUGCUGGAGUGUUCAACAAGUCGUGCGCCAUCAGCUACACCUCCUACUGCAAUGUCUUCCCCAUCUGGACACUGGGGCGUUCUCCCGGCUGCAUCCCAACAGCCCUCUCGCUGGGCAGCUGCAGCCCAGAUCCUCCUCUGGGGCAGGGAAAGCCCCAGAGGAGGCCUGGUCUGCCUGAGCCUGGGCCACUGCAGACACUGUGGCCUCCAAAUUGUCUCUGCUAUCGCCUGGCACGUGGGGGCACAGGACUAUUUCAAGCAAGAUCUCAACGCUGGUCUUACCACAGCCCUGGACCAGUGCAUCUCCCAGGGAGGAGAGUGCCAGCAUGGUGCCACUGGGUCCCCGUUUGCUUUCUGUUGACCCUUUUCUAAGAAUCAGCUUUUUAAAAGCCUCUGUCUGGGUAUAUCCUCCCCCACAGGACAUGCAGCAGGGUGACUUUUUGGAUCAAACUGGUGACCUGAGAAGAGAAAGCUGCCCAGCUAUAUUGUAGUAGACAUCUAGACAGACUUGAUCUCUCAUCCUUGGUAGAGCAAAGCUGUUUUUAUCUUCCCCUUGUGCUGUCCCGGCUCUCUCAGGUUGGCUGUCUGCAGCAAGAGCCUGGGAUUUUGGGCUUUCCCUGUGCCCAGCAUUGUGAUGGGGUGCUCUACACGCCCUGCUGAACCAGCCUCCGCUGUGUGAGCACCAACAACUGCCUUCAAAGUGCUCUCUGCUCUGGAGCCGUCACUGGGAGGGGAAGAGCAUCUGUCCCCUCUCAGCUGGUUAGGAAAGAGGAGUGCUUCACCUGUUUUUCUGCUCUUCUGCCCCCCAGCCAGUGGCACCUGGCUUCCCAGAGCCUCAGAGGUGAGGUUGCCAGCAUCGUUCCCACUUUGAAAAACCGGACACAAAAAACAAGGCAGAAAGCACUGAGGUGGUCAGUGUUAGAGGCACAGCCCGGUCCCCUGGUCUCCAGCCAGGCACGCUAGUUUUCUAGCAUGGAUGAGUUGCUCUGGAGGCUGUUUUGUGCCUUCUGGCACCCUCCGUCACGGGGAGGGGAGGGAUGCCCCUGGGCAGCUGUGUGCUGGGGGCAUUUCCUUUUUGUCAUCAGAGCUGGAAGUCGUGCUGAGUGGCUGAUUAAUAAAUUACUAAUGGUGUUGCAUGUGGUA